AUCCGUUACCUUUAUAGAAAAAUUUCCUUUAUUUAUUCCUUCGUUCCUUCAUUCCAGCCGUAGCUUCCUUCCCGCAAUGCUUUGCGGUAGGGAGGACGUCAAUUGAAAGCUGUGUGGUAUGUUAGAUCCCGAGGAUACCGCGGAGCCCAAAAUUAGUUCUUCCUUCCCAAAAUUUUUUCUUCUCCCUCUAGCCAUGCUGAUCGUCGUAGGAGCCCUGCUGUUCUUGGCCUUUUCCGCCUCGGAACAGAAAGAGGACAAUUUUUACUCGUUUAAAGUGGUCAACAUCAGGGGUAAACUAGUCUCCCUGGACAAAUACAGAGGCUCGGUAUCAUUAGUUGUCAAUGUUGCAAGUGAAUGUGGAUAUACCGACAGUCACUACAAAGCCUUACAACAGUUGCAGAGAGAGAUUGGUUCUUAUCAUUUUAAUGUGCUAGCAUUUCCCUGCAAUCAGUUUGGACAGCAAGAACCCAACAGUAAUAAUGAAAUUGAGAGGUUUGUCCAACAAACAUAUAGCGUUACAUUUCCUAUGUUCAGCAAGAUAGCAGUGAAGGGCAUCGGAGCAAAUCCAGCCUUUAAAUUUUUAAUUGAAUCCACUGGAAAAGAGCCAACUUGGAACUUCUGGAAGUAUCUGGUAGAUCCAGAUGGGAAAGCAGUAAAUGCUUGGGACUCUACUGUCACUGUUGAGGAAAUAAAACCUUACAUCAUCGAACUUGUGAGGCAACUCAUUCUGAAGAAAAAAAUGGACCUUUGAUUAUUUUUUAAAAACAUACACAUUUUUGUAUUUGUUUUUGGAUCAUUGUUGUAGGUCUUCAUAUUGCUCACACAUAAAUACAUUUAGAUUAUCUGAGCUACCUUCCAUUCCAUAAAUAUUUGUUUCUUGCAUAGUACCUUUUCUAAGUAAUCAUACAGAAACUAAUACCCAAAAGGAAAGUGAAAGGCCAGGUUUUAUUUAUUUUUCUUACAAGUCACUUAUUGAUUUUAGUGAGAUGAAAUGCUAUCUAUGUAGGAUUUCUAGGCAGCAAAAUUCAGUUCAGACAGAAUUCCCUACAGUUACUCCUCGACUUAUGACUGCUAUGGAACCCAAAAUUUCAGUUGCUAAACAAGACAGUUAAGUGAGUUGUGCU